GAGAGAGUUAACGGGCUCCGUGGAGCGGGAUGUCAUAGGGCCCGUGUUUUCUGUCUCUUCUUGUUCACGAUGCACUUUAGGAUUUUGGUAAGAUGCGCGCGUGCUUCCAGAUAACCAGCUUCCUGCUCGCCUUCAGCGUCUGCUGCCAGCGGCUCCGCGCUCAGGAUCCCUCCUGCUGCCAACAUGCUGCUGAGCCGUCACCAUGCAAAGAAGCUUGUGACCAGCUCGCCACCAUUAAGAGUGAGUCACGUCUGAAGCAUCUUCUCCAACGUUUACCCAGUUACUGUCCGGAGUCUAUGAAUGAACUUUGGAUGUGCAUCAACUCUACACUUCCCGGAGUAUCCAGGAAGUCCGACGGCUGGGUGGGGCUGGGCUGCUGUGAGCUGGCCAUCUCCUCCGACUGUCGUAGGGAAUGCAAACAGGCGUUGUCUACAAAUGACAUAACUAAAAUAUGCAAAAAAGUCACAGAGAACUCCCUGUACAGCUGCAUCACUAAAAAUGAAAUGGGUUCGUCGUGCUGCAGCUUCGCAGGCCGUCAUACCACCUGCAGGGAGUACUGCGAGGCUAUCUUCAGGACAGACUCAACCCCAACCGAAUCCCAAAUCAAAGCUGUCAAAGACUAUUGUCAGAGCCACAGCCAUAAACUGGUGGACUGUGUGAACAACUUCACCGAGUCCUACCCCUCUCGCAGCCCUAUAGACAGUUUGCACUGUUGUAAAAGAGCAGAGGCCACUCACUGCCAGAUGGCCUGCCAGCAAAUCCUGCGCACCAUGAAUACGGAGCACGAGAUCAUGGAUAGUCUGAUCAAAGAGUGUGGCUCCCAGCCGCUCCCCCAGGACCCUAUGUGGCAGUGUUUUCUGGGCAGUGCUUACCCUCCUUCUCCACCUGAAGAGGAAACCCCCCAUCCUGUCAAGAUGGACCACGCCAAGCUUCACUGCUGCUCCAAAGCCAACACCUCACUGUGCAGGGAGAUGUGUCAGGAGAUCAGCACCCACUGGGGCACCCAGACCUGGCAGGACUUUGAUCAGCUGUGUGAGUACAACCCAGUAGAGAUGGAGCUCAUCAACUGCCUGGCGGAUGUCCGAGAGCCCUGCCAGCUGGGCUGCAAGGACCUCUCGUACUGCACAAACUUCAACAACCGGCCUACAGAGUUGUUCCGCAGCUGUAACGUCCAGUCGGACCAAGGAGCCAUGAACGACAUCAAGCUGUGGGCCAACGGGACCAUCAAGAUGCCCUUCAUGAACAUUCCUGUCAUGGACAUACGGAAGUGUCUGCCAGACACGUGGAAGGCCGUGGCCUGUUCCCUGCAAAUCAAACCGUGUCACAGCAAGUCCAGAGGGAGCGUCAUAUGCAAGUCAGACUGUGUGGACAUCCUGACCCAGUGUGGGGACAUGAAGCGUUUUCAUGAAGGACAAACACCAGAGAGGAUCUGUGAGCUGCUGUCGCCCGUUGACGACCCUGAACGCUGCAUCCCCCUCCACAGAUAUCUUGUGCCCAGUUCCCUAGGCAACAGCAUUAUGGAGGAGGUCAUCCAUCCAUGCAACCCCAACCCAUGUCCCAGCAACCACCUGUGCCAGGUGAACAGAAAAGGCUGCCUGGAUGACUUGAGCUGUCAGCCAUACCUCUGUGUACCAGGUUGCAAACUGGGCGAGGCUUCAGAGUUCCUGGUGCAGCAGGACUCUCGUAUCCAGGUACCGAGUCGCGACAGGCCUUCUGGUUGCUAUGAGGUCUGCAGCUGUGGUCCCAGUGGCCGCCUAGAGAACUGUGUGGAGAUGCCUUGUGUGGACACCGACAAGCCCUGCAUCAUAGAGGGGCAGAUGAGGAGCCAUGGCACAUCGUUCAGGACAGACUGCAACACCUGUUCCUGCUUCGCUGGAGAAACUAUCUGCUCUACCAGGAAAUGUUCAGAUGACGACCAUCCACACUUUACUGGUCUUCCCUGUGAUUGUCCAGACCACUUCAUCCCAGUGUGUGCCUCUAACGGCCGUACCUAUCCCAGUGGCUGCGUGGCUCGCUGUAUGGGAUUCAAAGACCACCAGUACGUCUUUGGCCAGUGCCACCUCAGUAAUCCCUGCACCAACAAGACCUGCCCAAAGAACCAGAGGUGCGUCCCAAAGCAUCGCGUGUGUCUGAGCAACUCAUCGGAUUGUCCACAGUACCAGUGCGUCAGCCGGCCGGCGACCUGCAACAGGAACAGCUUGGAGCCGGCUUGCGAUACCGACGGCUUGGUCCACCUCAGUCUGUGCCACCUGCAGCAGGCUGGGAAGACGCUGGCCUACAUGGGUCACUGCCAGGACUCCUGCAGGAAGAAACAGAAAGUUUGUGGCCAUAAUGGUGAGACCUACAACACGGUGUGUGACGCCUUCGCCGACCGCGUAGCUGUUGACUACGAGGGCCCCUGCCGAGCCGUAGGGGCUGUGUCCAACAUGGCCCCCGAAUCAGCGUGCAGUUUGGUCACCUGUCCAAUAUUAUCCACUCUAGGCUGCCACCCCAUCACACCACCUGGAGCCUGUUGUCCCAUAUGUGCCAGCAUGCUGCAGAUCCUCUGGAGCAAAAAUCAGAUGGACACUUUCUCAAAGCUGAAUAAGAACCAGCCAGUGACCAUCCACAACGUCCUCCAGAUCCUCCGGCUUCAUGUCUCCGUGCCGCAGUGCGACGUCUUUGGCUACCUAAGUAUUGACCACCAGGUAGUGGUCCUCAUCGCCCCGGUGGACCACCAGCCCACACCGCUGCAGAUCGAAGCCUGCAGCAAGGAAGCAGAGAAAAUUGAUGUCCUUAUCAACUAUGCCAGCCCCACCCUGGUCUCCCACGUGCCCCUCUCCGCCUUCCUCAUCUCUGAGAUCACAACCUCCUCCAUCCACUCCUCUGGGGGCUCACCAGCCUCACCUCUGCCCCCCGGCCUGUGCCUCCUCCUGGCUCUCCUCCUUAUAGCAGCUCCUCAUCUCCACCAGCUUUAAGUGCCCUCUGUCCCCACCCCUCACUUAUCCAGAGUGCUCCAAAGUACCUCAACCCCCAUCCUGGGAGGGCUGCCGUGGAGCCGGAGGAGGCAGCGAUGAUGACAAUCAUUCUUGUUCACUCACCUGCGUUUCAAACAAUCAAGCUGGUGGAAAAGCUUUUAUAAUGAAAACAGUGUUAUUCAGUGAAGAGUUGCUGACUGUGAUGGGCUGGACACACGGGACGCCAUCGUUCGUUCUCCAUUUAUUUCCUGUGGACCUGCAUGAUGAGGUGACAAUGGCUGCCCUCCUCCAGCCAAGUGACAGGCCACAUGAAAUGUUGCGCUCGUUCACGUAGACAUGCACACGGGGCAUGUGACGCGACACAAGAAAAUAGAAAAAUGUUCCAUUUUUGUAGAGCUGUCGCCUGGCACUACAGCGAGGGUUUCACUGACUGACCAAUGAGAGCAGGCUAGACGGCGCUGUCUGCAAACCCUUCCAACAUGGAGGAUCAGUUCAUUCUAGCUCUCUGACUUUCCCAGACUUUUCCAGACUUCACGCAAAGAUUAUAAAGAAGUAAAUAAAAGGCAGCCAUGUGGUGCCUGGGUGAAUUUAUCCAAAUGUAGGUCCUAGAUUGAUCUGGAUCAGCCUGGAGGUCCAUCAGAUGAUGAUGUAACCAUGUUGGUUCCUAGUUAGUAAAACAGGAUGAACCCAGGGCUGUCUUUCUCUUUGGUUCAGUAGAGUCAGCAGCAGAUUUGUGUCAACUCGAGCAAAAUCUCUUCAUCCUUCAGGCCUCGUCUGUCACCUACCGCUUUGAAAAUGUCAAAAUUCCCUUCAGUAUCACAAACAAUUAUAUUUCUUGGAGACAAGCGAUCGUAUAGCGUGUUGCUGCUGCUGUCGCGUCCCGUGUGUCCAGCCCAUGAGAGCGUGUAUGUGUGUGUUUGACUUUGACGAAGCAUUGGCUUCAAACCAGCAGUGUUUUUCUUCUCUGCAAGCUGUGAGGUGGGAAUGUGGAUCAGAUGACCCGUUCCCUCUGCUGCCCAGGCUUUCUGUGUCUUUAAAUGUUCGUAUACACAGACAGUUCUCAACUCAUUUAGCCUCUGGGCCAUGAAGAUGAGGGUCUGCCGCGGCGUGUGGACUGAAGACCUCAACAGUGUUAGUGCCAUGCUCUGAGCCAGCUCUCCAGACAGAAAGGAUCGGGUUCUGGUUUGGUUCACACAGCAGGUCACAAAAUUAAACUGAGACCUCAGAAAACAAACGUAGUAACAUUUCAUCGGAGGUGGCGCUCAUAUAGCCUCAGUAAUGUGAUAAAUCUCCACUUUAUGAGGAGAAUUACAACAUUAUUCAAACCUCAACUCAAAAUAAGUUAGGACGCUGCGUAAAAUGUAAAUAUAACCAAAAUGCAAUGAUGGUCUCAUCCAUCCAUAUUUUAUUCCCAGUACAACAUUAACAACACAUCAUUUUCCCAUCGGAUGGAAACAUGAGCGGAAGAGGAAAGGUCUGGACUGCAGGCAGGCCAGUUCAGCAGCCGGACUCUUCUCCUGUGAAGCCAUGCUGCUGUGAUGGAUGCAGGAUGUGGUUCAGCAUCGUCUUGCUGAAAUCUGGCCUUCCCUGAAA